AAUGGUGUGCAGAAAAUGGCUUUAAUAAUAAACUGAACACUUUAAGACAAUACAAAGAUAUAGUGAACGAUAACUUGAAGAUCAGGUUACAAUUCCAAAAAAGAUCAGUGCGAUGUCUGCCAUCAAUUUAAGAAUAUAUCUGAAGUUACUGACGAGCUAAAAGAAAAAUAUGCUUACCAUCAAAAAGAAAAAGAAUAUUCCCGAAAGUUAAAACUAGAAGAUAAAGUUAAGGCUAUUAAUGACAACAAAAGGGCAUGUAUUGUUUUUCAUUUCCAGAAAGUACUGACCGCUCCUCAUGGAUAUAUUAGUAUUUAUUAUUACAAGCGAAAACUAAGCGUGUUUAACUUUACUGUAUAUGGUGUAUAUGGUAUACUAUACAUGGCAUCUAGAGAAGCAUUUUGUUAUAUGUGGGAUAAACGAACUGCAAAAAGAGGACCAAAUGAGGUUGCUAGUUGUCUUUAUGAUUUUAUGUCUAAAUUGACUUCGAAAGGAGUUACUGAAAUUUAUUUAUGGUCCGAUAUUGCUGGAGGACAAAACCGUAACCGGAUUGUUUUUUAUAUGUUUUUGUUGGCUGCAAGCAAACAGAAUGUUAAAAUAUGUCAUCGCUUCAUGGAAAAAGGACACACCCAAAAUGAAGGGGAUUCAGUACAUGCUCUGAUCGAAAGAUCAGCCAAAGGAAAAGAGAUUUAUUCGACAGAUGAAUGGUAUUCAUUAGUUCGAUGGGCCAAAGUAAAUGGUAAGCCUUACAAUGUUAUUGAGGUCAAGCAAGACAUGAUUUUAGAUUUUAAAAAGAGUAUUGCUGCAAAGAUUUGGGCUAAAAAUGUAUGUAAUCAGAAGGUAACCUGGAAUAAAAUAAAGGAGAUCAUGGCAUCUCCAGAUAAUGAAGGAAUUUUGUCUUAUAAAUACAGCUUAAGUGAUAUCGAGAGUCAGCAGAUUCAAUGCUAUAAAACGAGAGGUACUAGACAGUCCCUUUUUGAGCCGAUGCCACAGAAGAUGCCAAAUGACAUUGAAAAUUAUAUGCAAUAUAGAAUAAUGGGUUAUGUUUCGCAAGUUAGGAUGAAACCUGGUUGUAUGCCCAGUAAAUUCGAAUGUCAACCUGAUAGGAAGCGAUCGAAUACAGAAGAACGACCCUAUAUACUCAAAAAACAAAAAAGCAAUAAGGUUACAGAACAUGUUUAUGAAAUUGAAACUGGAAGUUCAGGUCAACAAAAUUUGGAAGAGCUGGAACAAAUCACAGAAAAACCAAAAAUGAUAAAUAAAUCUAUUCAAGUGCACUUAACAAGACCAUUCAGAAGUAAAGCUAUGCAACACAAUGCCAAUCACAAAGAAGGCUCACGAAUAUCUGGCUCAUUCAUAUCAGUCGAUGGCACGCUGAUGGAAGGUUGUGGUUCUAGAGCCACAUAUUUCUGUUAUACUAACUGUACGAAUGUGCCCCGCGUACGAAUGGUGACCACUUUUCCCUAUGCUAGCAGAAUAUUCUCUAAAAAUAUACCGAUAUUAGCUAGUGUGAUUCGCCCAUUCAUUGUUACAUUAGAUAUUGAAUUAAUUAAAAAGAAUUUACCUAUGGCCUUCAGGCACCGAUUUCAUAAAGUAAGCUGUAUAAGCUGUUUAGAGAUCGAGAUACAAAAGCCAUCAAAGGCAGUGAAUCAAGCUUUGACAUGGUCUGAUUAUAAAAAGGCUAACACUAUAAAAUAUCUUGUUUCUUCUUCCAAUGGCCUGGUCAAUUUUAUUUCCCCUGGUUAUGGAGGACGUAUAACAGAUACAUGCCUGGUUGAAACCUGUGACUUUGUAAAGUGUUUACAACAGGCUAUGUGUGUCAUGGCUGACCGGGGGUUCAAACAUGUGGAAGUCUACUUAUGCCAGAGGGGGAUGGUAUUAGUUCAGUCUGGUACUAAAUUUUCUAAGGCUGAAGCUAAGGAAACUAAGCAAAUUGCAAGCCUUAGGAUUCAUAUUGAGUGGGUCAUCAGACGUUUACGGGAGUACAGUAUGUUAAACCUCAUGCUUGUCUUAAUUUAAGCUUAGUGAAAGUACUUGAUGAUGUAAUAACUAUAGCUUGCGGUUUAAUUAAUUUACAAGA